CUGAGAGCGCAGGCUGAACUUCCUCAUUGGCAGGAAAAAAAGAAGUACCUUCACAGUUGAGCGACGUUUCUGGCUGGAACAGCGGAUAACGCACGCGUGCGUGGGUUUUUUAAUACUAAUAAAAUGUCAAAGCCUCCUCCAAAGCCGGCCAAGCCAGGCCAAGUCAAAGUGUUCCGAGCAAUGUUCACCUUUGACCCCAGAACACCGGAUGAGCUCUACUUUGAAGAGGGAGACAUCUUGUACAUCUCUGACACAAGCGACAGUAACUGGUGGAAGGGGACGUGCAGAGGGAGGACAGGACUAAUCCCAAGUAACUACGUGGCCGAGCAGGCAGAGUCCAUUGACAACCCAAUGCACGAAGCAGCCAAACGAGGCAAUCUGAGCUGGCUGAGGGAGUGUGUGGAGAACAAGGUGGGGAUCAAUGGGUUGGAUAAAGCUGGAAACACUGCCCUCUACUGGGGAUGCCAUGGAGGACAUAAAGAUGUGGUGGAGCUGUUGCUGAGCCAGCCCAACGUGGAGCUCAACCAGCAAAAUAAACUCGGCGACACUGCUCUGCACGCUGCUGCCUGGAAGGGUUACUCUGACAUUGUAGAGAUGUUGCUGAAUAAGAACGCUCGGACAGACAUCAAGAACAAUGAGAAGAAGCUGGCUCUGGAGAUGGCCACCAACGCCCAGUGUGCCUCCCUGCUCAAGAGGAAACAGGGAAGCAACAUCACCCGCACACACAGCAACGCUGAGGAGUACCUGGACGACGAGGACUCGGACUGAACCACGUGGACCAUGUUGCAGCACCAUCACUGUCUUCCAUUGGGUUUCGGCGGGCGGAGGAGCUCGGAGUUUUGGGUUACAGAUCUCGAGUGGAAUUGAUUUGUGCUAUUGUCUCAGUCCUCCACCCUCUGCCUCGAGUCAGUGU